UCACCAUGUUGGCCAGGCUGGUACUCCUGACCUCAAGUGAUCCACCGGCCUCGGCCUCCCAAAGUGCUGGGAUUACAGGUGUGAGCCCCCACUUAGUUUCAUCUUGGGGUCAUUGCUCUCACUCCUCCCUCGUGGUCUGCUUUCCUCAAUAGCUGUUUGUCAGGCUCUUCUAGGGUUGGUUGCCCUUUAAUCACACCAGCUUUCCUCCGACGUGUGCUGCCUCUGGGUCAUGGGGUGUCUGACUCCUUGCUGGCUCCGGGGAGGUGUGGAGGGCAGCCAGGAAUGUCUUCUGGCCUGUUUUCUGCAAACAUGUGGCAGCAACACUGUCGCUGAGGCUUUUGGGUGGAGGUGCCUCCUGCUCCUCGCAGAGCACUCAGGCCUGGGGACCUCUUGAGAACUAAGGCACACCCGACCCUUGCUGCCGCCCCGCCCAGGGGAAAUGGGGGUGUGGAGGGAGGCCAAGGGCCCACAGAAGAGUAGCUGGCCAUGCCGGGCUUCCUCUUGGUUUCCAGUCCACAAGAGUCCCUGCUUUCCAAUGCUGUGUGUGUGUGCGCGCACACGCGAGCGCACGGAGACCAGGCUGUGGUCCACAUGCACAGAGAUCCACCUUCCAAAGCUCCAAGGGAGUGGGAAAAGGAACAGAGGCAUCACUGAGAAGGUGAAGAUGGGGGCCCUAUGUCCCGACCCCCCAAACUGGACAUUUGAGAACAUUCAGGUUCUUCCUUGUUUCAGAACCUUUGCAUCUGCUGUUCCCUUUACCACCAAUACCUUUCCCUUUUUCUAGCUGUUGAACUCCUACCCAUCCUUCAAGGCCCAGUGCAAAAAUUCCUUCUAUUGGACCCUAGCUGCUUCAGGGCCUGUGUCAUGGCACGUAUUACCUUGAAUCAUAACAGCCACUUCUGUACCUGUGUCCUCAUCCAGACCUCAAGUUCCCUGAAGGCAGGAGUGGGUCUGACUCACCCCUGUGAGGUUGCUGCAGAGGCAUUCUCUCCUUCGUGUUACUGGUGAAGGGGUGGGCUGAGGAAGGGAGAAUUGUUGCAGGAGCCUUCCCUGAGCGCCUGUUUACCGGCACCAUCGUGUGCAUUCCACGCCGAUCCUCCGCAGUCCCUCUCUCCCGCCAACGAUUCCUCCGUGGGGCGCGGCCACCUCGGUCCCGCCGGGGAGCCCCAUUUCCAACCGUGGCAACUGAGGCUCCCAACGGUCCCGCGACCCGCCGGGAUCUAGAGGGCGCGGGGGCCCGGCCGCCCCGCCAAGCCAGAGGCGCUCCGCCCCAGGCCUGGCGCACCUGGCCCCGCCCCGCCCGGACCCCGCCCCCCGCCCAGACCGGAGCCGGUUCCGCGCCUUGGCCGCCGCGACAGGUGCAGCAGAGCCGAGCCGGCCGCGCUCCGAACGGCGUCCUCCGCCCCACCAUGGGCAACAGCGCGGGCCGCAGCGACUUCGAGUGGGUCUACACCGACCAGCCGCACACACAGAGGCGCAAGGAGAUACUGGCCAAGUACCCAGCCAUCAAGGCCCUGAUGCGGCCGGACCCGAGCCUCAAGUGGAUGGUGCUGGUGCUGGUGCUGGCACAGCUGCUGGCCUGCUGGCUGGUGCGCAGGCUGGCCUGGCGCUGGCUGCUGUUCUGGGCCUACACCCUCGGCGGCUGCGUGAACCACUCGCUGACGCUGGCCAUCCACGACAUCUCACACAAUGCAGCCUUUGGCACCGGUUGUGCCGCGCGCAACCGCUGGCUGGCCGUGUUUGCUAACCUGCCUGUGGGCGUGCCCUACGCCGCCUCAUUCAAGAAGUACCACGUGGACCAUCAUCGCUACCUGGGUGGCGACGGACUGGAUGUGGACGUGCCCACGCGCCUGGAGGGCUGGUUCUUUUGCACGCCCGCCCGCAAGCUGCUCUGGCUGGUGCUACAGCCCUUCUUCUACUCGCUGCGGCCACUCUGUGUCCACCCCAAGGCUGUGACCCGCAUGGAGGUGCUUAAUGCACUGGUGCAGCUGGCGGCCGACAUCGCCAUCUUUGCCCUGUGGGGGCUCAAGCCCGUGGUCUACCUGCUGGCCAGCUCCUUCCUGGGCCUGGGCCUGCACCCCAUCUCAGGCCACUUCGUGGCCGAGCACUACAUGUUCCUCAAGGGCCACGAGACCUACUCCUACUACGGGCCCCUCAACUGGAUCACCUUCAAUGUGGGCUACCACAUGGAGCACCAUGACUUCCCCAGCAUCCCAGGCUGCAACCUGCCCCUGGUGCGGAAGAUCGCGCCCGAGUACUACGACCACCUGCCGCAGCACUACUCCUGGGUGAGGGUGCUCUGGGAUUUUGUGUUUCAGGACUCCCUGGGGCCCUAUGCCAGGGUGAAGCGGGUGUACAGGCUUGCAAAGGAUGGCCUGUGAGGAUGCCUCCUGCUGGUGGCCAUCACCCCCCACCUGCCCCUCCGGCCUCUCACCCCAGCUCUGAGGGGAUGCAUUUCCUUCCUGUGCCCUGGGCUGCUGCCCUUGUCCCCUCGGAGCGUCCUGCACAGCACACCUGGCCACAGCAAUGUGGGCUGCAGAGCUCCAUCUGCUCGUGGACUCACCCUGGACCUUGGCAGUGGCCCUCCCUUUCUGUCCCUCACCAGGCGAGGCCUGGCCCUGCCCCAUGGUGACCUGGGUGCUUUGAGCCCACAGUCCCCACAGAGCUGACCUCUCUGGGGUGUCUGUGCCGUCCAUUAAACCAGGCGUUUGUUUCACA